CAGCCGGAUGGAAGCAGCUCCGCCGGCCGGACCCCGGGGCUGUGGCGGGGCCUGAGCGCCCUCCCGACGCCGUCCCCGCCAGGCCUCCCGCCCACCGCGCAUCUUAAUUCGGCCAGCCGGCUCCUUCUCCUCCCUUUCCUCGCCGCCUUGUCUCCUCCCCUCCGGCCUCCAUUUUCCAGCGCAUCCAGAGACGGCGGCGGAGGAGGAGGAGGUGGCGGCGGGAUCUUCCCGCGCUUCGCCCCUCACUCGGCCUGGCCAUGGCGGCCAACAUGUACCGGGUUGGAGAUUAUGUCUACUUUGAAAACUCUUCAAGUAACCCAUAUUUGAUACGUAGAAUAGAAGAACUCAAUAAGACAGCCAAUGGAAACGUGGAAGCGAAAGUGGUCUGUUUCUAUAGAAGGAGGGACAUCUCGAACACUUUGAUUGUGCUGGCUGACAAACAUGCAAGAGAAAUGGAAGAAGAGAUGGAAAACUCAGAAAUGGUGGAUUUACCAGAGAAGCAAAAACAUCAACUGCGACAUCGAGAACUUUUUCUUUCACGGCAGCUGGAAUCCUUACCUGCCACACACAUUAGAGGCAAAUGCAGCGUUACUCUGUUAAAUGAGACAGAAUCCCUUAAAUCAUAUCUGGAACAUGAGGAUUUCUUUUUUUAUUCACUAGUAUAUGAUCCACAACAGAAGACUCUUCUGGCUGAUAAAGGAGAGAUCAGAGUUGGGAACAAAUACCAAGCUGACAUAAUAGAUUUACUGAAAGAAGGUGAGGAUGAUGGCAGAGACCAGUCCGAUCUUGAAACUAAAGUCUGGGGAGCAUUUAAUCCACUAAUAGACAAACAAAUAGACCAGUUCCUGGUAGUGGCACGAUCUGUUGGUACAUUUGCUCGUGCUCUAGACUGCAGUAGUUCUGUUCGGCAACCGAGUUUGCACAUGAGUGCUGCGGCAGCUUCUAGGGAUAUCACACUGUUCCACGCAAUGGACACUUUGCACAAAAAUGUCUAUGACAUAUCCAAGGCGAUCUCUGCACUUGUACCACAAGGUGGGCCGGUCUUGUGCAGGGAUGAGAUGGAGGAGUGGUCAGCCUCUGAGGCGAAUCUCUUUGAAGAAGCUCUUGAAAAAUAUGGAAAAGACUUCACUGAUAUUCAGCAAGAUUUUCUUCCAUGGAAGUCUUUAACCAGCAUAAUUGAGUAUUACUAUAUGUGGAAAACAACAGACCGCUAUGUCCAACAGAAACGGUUGAAAGCCGCUGAAGCCGAAAGCAAGCUAAAGCAAGUAUAUAUUCCUAACUAUAACAAGCCAAACCCCAACAAGAUCAAUGUAAAUAAUGCGAAGCCUGGAACGGUAAAUGGUACAGGAACUCAAGCGCAGAACAUGGGAGCGGGACGAGCUUGUGAAAGCUGCUAUACGGCACAGUCUUACCAGUGGUAUUCUUGGGGUCCCCCUAACAUGCAGUGUCGUCUUUGUGCAUCUUGCUGGACAUACUGGAAGAAAUAUGGUGGCUUGAAAAUGCCAACAAGGCUUGAUGGAGAGCGGCCAGGACCAAACCGCAACAAUAUGAGCCCUCACGGUGCACCAUCAAGGAACGGCGGGAGUCCAAAGUUUGCCAUGAAAACACGGCAGGCUUUUUAUCUGCAUACAACAAAGAUGACGCAGGGCUCUUGCCAGGCUUACUCAUGUAGGGACAUCUUCGCAUAUGCACCACUCUUUUACAUGCCUAUCAAUAGUGCAGCUAUCAAAGCGGAAUGCACAGCCCGUUUACCAGAAGCCCCUGAAAAUCCUUUGUUGUUAAAGCCAGUGGUUAGAAAACCUUUAGAAGCAGUACUUCGGUAUCUUGAAUUUCAUCCCUGUCCUCUGAAACCGGAUCCUACUAAGAGGUUAUCUGGCUCUCUCAACAGUGUGCCUUGUUCUAAGUUUUCCCCAGUGAUUAACAAUGGAUCUCCAACUAUCUUGGGGAAAAGAAGCUACGAGCAACACAAUGGGAUGGAUGGCAAGAUGAAGAAGCGCCUCUUGAUGCCGAGCAAAGGGACCAAGUCGAAACUUACUGCUCAAUGGGAAAUCAUACCCAACAAAAGUCCGGUUAAUCCGUGGUGGAACCUUGCCUCCAGUGAAAAGGAGGAGGAUGAACUGGAUUGAUGCUCCUGAUGAUGUUUUCUACAUGGUUACAGAGGAAACCAGAAAAAUUCGCAAGCUGCUUUCCUCUUAUGAAGCCAAGAGAGCGGCAAGAAGCCCUUAUAAGCCAAUCAUCCUCCAGCCUCUACAGAGCGUACAUCUGCAACAGCCGGUGAAUGAUGAACCAAUAAUUAUUGAGGACUAGAACUGGACAGGCCUUUAAAACACUGGAGAGCUUUUCUCAAACCUCCACAUGCUAUUAUGUGACUUCAGCAUUGAAACUGCUGCUGAAGACGAGAAACGAAUGCAUAUCUUUUACAGCACAGUCCUAGGCAGACUUAAUUCUUCCACGCCCAUUGACUUUAGUGGACCUAGAAGGGUGAAACUCUGCAUAGGAUUGCAUUGUCACAGUCUGAAAAGGAAGCCGGUUUCUCUCUUGAGUCUUGACAACCGCAGACUGCACCUGAAUGUGCUUACUCCUCUUUUUAAAAAAAUCUCUUGGUAACAGAUUUUUUCCUUUCCUUGUAGCUUAUUGUUUUGGGGUUUUUUUGUAAACAAGUAGGAAGCAAAGUAACUUUAAUUUAUUGCGGAGAAAAUGGGGGAUAGUCAUUUUACCAUAUUCUGUUCUAUCUUUUAGUAAAGGAAUAACCAGAUGACUUUUGUUUUGUGACCAAAUUUUCAUUUGCCAGGAUGUUUUAUGAGACUGUUGUAAAUUUUUUUUAAAAUUUUGACAGUACCAUUUUAAAAUUCCAUUUAUAUAAUUUCUUUGUAGAUAAAAUGCCAAUGUGUAUCUGUUAUAUUUGGAAAUAGACGGUCUAGAAACCAGCAA